GCGGAACAAUUGGGAUAUAAAUUAGUACGGACAAAAGGAUGGUCUUUUGGACAUCUUAUUAUAUCUCAACAUUGAGAAUUGGUCAUAUAUGGUUCUUUCUUGUCAUUUUGAGCCAGGAGGGUUGAACUUUAAAGACUUAAAAUUUACUCAAAAAGCAAAAUAAAAUAAACUGUCAAGUUGUCGUGAAAAGCUCCAUGCAUUGAAGAAAGAGACUACUGGUUGAUAUAUAUUAUAUAAGACUAAUAUAUUGUAAGCGCGUACGUAUAUCCAAGAGCUAUUACUAGUAAAAAUUAAAAGCUGGAAAAGACCAUAAUGCUAAAAUAAUUAUUGGAAGCCUUAAUUACCUUUCAGUGUUGCACUACUUAUUUAUAUGUGUACAUGUAUAUACCGACUUGUAAAUAUAUAUAAACUAUAUAAUAGGAUUUUAUGUUGUGUUUUGGUGUAAUUAAAUUCAUAAAAAAUAUAUAAUAAAUGCACAAAAAUAUUUGUCAAGAUUAACAUAAUUAUGAUGAAUGAUAAUUUUUUUUUUAUUUUUUUAAUCAAAUACAAUAAAUAUAUAUAUCUAUUCGACUCAUAUAUUUGUGCAUUAAUUUUAGUUACAUUUUAAUAUAUUUUUUUGUAUGUUGUAUACAUUGACUGUUAUGUAGUUAACACAUAUUUAAACUAUAAUAUACAUGAUAAUAUUUAGGUUCCUAAGCGUACUUGACGGGCCUCUAAAGUAAACACAUUUCUAAAUCCUUAAGUUAUGUUCAUGAUCUCCAAUAUAGUUUAAUAAUAUAUAACUCAAUUGACUUACAUAGGAGGAAACAAAAAUUAACACUCAAAUUAAACCUCCCCAAGUCGUGUACGUCGGCCUUAUUAUUAAUUCAAACUCUAAUGUUUCUCUCCUAGAUUACAUUCUUGAGCGUAUAUAGCCCUGAUAUAUUCCAACAUUUUUGUCUACCUUUCAUUUUGCUUUCUUAAAGCUAAUAUGUACCUCUUCUAGUUCACUCAGGCUUUUUUCUUUUUUGGCCUUUAUAUAGUCAGUAGUUUCUCUCCAAACAGUAUUCUUAUAUAGUUCAUAUAAUUGGUAAGCAUAUAGUUUAGGUAGUUGACUUUUUCUACUCAACGAAAACCAUGUCAAACUACUUAAAUCACUCAUAUAUGUCAAGCUUUUGUAAAUUGAGCUGCAGAGAUUAAAGUUACAUGGGCUUUGCAAACAGUGCUAAUCGACCAACAUUAAAGCAGAAGCACACACAAGUAUUAUACAAGCGGAUAAGUAAUUAAGAAUUAAAUAAGGAGAAGAAAUUAAAAUGAGGAGUUGGCAGGCAUAUAUGAAGUCUUCGGCACUAUGUGCUUCUUUAAUUCUCUUCCUGAUCUUCCUUUUAGUUAGUACGUUUGUUCCGAUUCGAUUCUCCAACACCACUGAUCUUCUAAAUGCUAUUAAGUCCCACAAAUACACUCAAAAGAACCCCAAAACACCUCGUCCGAAAAUUGAAAUCCCACUCAACUGCUCUGCUUACAAUCUUACAAUAAGAACUUGCCCUUCAAACUAUCCCGCCACUUACAACCCUGAAGAAGAUCUCGACCGUCCAUCGUCUGCCACGUGUCCAGAAUUCUUUCGAUGGAUUCACGAAGAUCUGAGGCCCUGGGCCCAGACAGGUAUCUCAAGGGAAAUGGUAGAGAAAGCAAAGAAUAUGGGAUUGGCCAACUUUAGAUUGGUGAUACUAAAAGGCAAGGUUUACCUAGAGACCUAUAGAAAGUCGUUUCAGACCAGAGAUAUUUUUACGAUAUGGGGUAUCCUACAGUUGCUACGGAAGUACCCAGGUAAAAUUCCUGACUUGGACCUCAUGUUCAAUUGUGGGGACCCACCAGUUGUUAUGUCAAGAGCAUUUAUUGGGCCCAAUGCCACGUCAAUACCUCCAGUUUUUAAUUACUGCAAAGAUAAAAAUACACUUGAUAUUAUCUUCCCUGAUUGGUCUUUUUGGGGUUGGCCUGAGGUAAACAUAAGGCCAUGGAUACCAUUAUUGAAGCAGAUAAAAGAAGGUAACAAUAAGAAGAAAUGGGAAGACAAAGAACCUUAUGCUUAUUGGAAAGGAAAUCCCAAAGUUGCUGCCACAAGAAAAGAUCUUCUUAAAUGUAAUGUCUCUCCUAAACAAGACUGGAAUGCUCGUCUUUAUGUCCAGGACUGGAAACGAGAACAAAGACAAGGGUAUAGACAAUCAAAUUUGGCAGACCAAUGCACUCAUAAGUACAAGAUUUACAUAGAAGGAGCUGCUUGGUCUGUUAGUGAGAAAUACAUUCUUGCAUGUGACUCUGUUCCAUUAAUAGUGAAGCCACGUUUCUUUGAUUUCUUCAGUCGAGGUUUGAUACCAUUGCACCAUUAUUGGCCCAUAAAGGAUAACGAUAAAUGUCGAUCCAUUAAGUUUGCUGUUGAUUGGGCUAACUCUCACCAGAAAGAGGCACAAGAAAUGGGAAAGAGAACAAGUGGAUUUAUCCAAAAGGAAUUAAAAAUGGACAAUGUAUACGAUUACAUGUUUCAUGCUCUAAAUGAAUAUGCCAAGCUCUUACAAUAUGAGCCAACAAUACCUGAAAAAGCUAUUGAAAUAUGUUCAGAGUCUAUGGCUUGCACAGCUACAGGACGAAAUAAGGACUUCAUGAUUGAAUCAAUGGUGAAUAGUUCUGCGGAUAGUGCCCCGUGUACCAUGGCUCCUUCCUAUGAUCCUUCGUCUUUAUAUUCACUUCUUCGGAAAAAUGCUAAUAUUAUUGAAAAAGUGAGCUCCUGGGAGAAACAAUAUUGGGAGAAUCAAACUAGAAAGCCAUAGAAAAUUUCCCAUUUAUAU